AUGAAGGUUCUCCUGACAGGUGGCUCUGGCUUCAUUGCCUCUCACUGCUUAAAGACUCUUCUCGCUAGCAACCAUACCGUGGUUACUACUGUGAGGUGUGAAUCAAAAGGCGAAAGAAUUCUUGAACUUUAUCCGGAAUCCUUCAAAGGCAAACUUUCCUACGUGGUUGUUCCCGACAUUUCCCAAGAAGGCGCUUUUGAUGAAGCCGUCAUUUCGGAGCCUCCAUUUGACGCUGUUAUACACACAGCAAGUCCCUUCCAUUUCCGAUUUCAGGAUCCAAAGGAACUCCUUGAUCCUGCUAUCAAUGGAACGAAGGGAAUUCUCCGCGCAAUCAAGGACAAGGCACAUUCAGUGAAGCGAGUGGUCAUUACUUCCUCCUUUGCUGCAAUCGUUAGCACAGACGAGCACCCCGAAGUGUACAACGAGAGCCAGUGGAACCCGGUCACCUAUGAGGAAGGUAUUGAAGAUCGCAGCAAAACCUACCGUGCUAGCAAAGCGCUGGCUGAGCGGGCUGCAUGGUCAUUCAUGGAACAGGAGAAGCCUGGCUUUUCUCUUGCAACCAUAUGCCCUCCCUAUGUAUUUGGGCCUCCAAUUCAUCCGCCAGAAUCCCAAGCGACGCUCAAUACAUCAAACGCUUAUUUUGCGAUGUUGAUGCAUGGAGGAUGGAAGGAAAAGCUGCCUCCGACCGGCACCUGGCUGUGGGUUGAUGUGCGAGACAUCGCCCUUGCUCACGUGAGAGCUAUAGAAGUUCCCGAGGCAGGUGGAAAGCGCUUCUUUAUUACUGCUGGUCACUUUGACAUGAAGGAUGUUGCGGAUAUUACCAAGAAGAGAUUUCCUGAGUAUGUCGACAAACUCCCUACUAAGCUGAUCUCGGACAAACCUAGCCCCCUUUAUGGCUUCGACAACAACCGCUCAAAGGAUAUUCUUCACCUAGAAUAUCUACCUUUGGAGAACUCAGUUGUGGAUACAAUCAAGUUCCUGCAAAGACAUCCGCUGUGA